AUCAACGUGAGCGCACCGUGCAGCCCCUGUGUGUUAUUUGAUCAACAGAAGCACCAGAUACAACGUGUUUCUCGCGUUUUUCACGAAGACUGUGCGCAAGGUUCAUUCUGUGCGUAAAGGGCGCUUUUCCGGGACAUAAUGGCUUUGGUGAUCGCUGAUGAAGCUGAGGAACACGCAUUGAUGGGAAGUGUCUCUACCUUUUGGAAGUAUGAGUGAGACAGUGACAGAAUCCUCCUCCUCAGGGAUGGGCAGCACGCCAGAGUCGAGAGUCACCAUCCCGGUGAUCAUGUUCAUUUUCGGGGUGGUGGGAAAUGUGAUCGCCAUCGUGGUUCUGAGAAUAUCAAGAAAGGAGCAAAAAGAGACGACUUUCUACACGCUGGUGUGCGGCCUGGCGGUGACGGACCUGCUGGGCACGCUGCUGGCGAGCCCCGUCACCAUCGCCACCUACGUGAACCGCUCCUGGCCCGGAGGCGCGCCGCUGUGCCAAUACUCCGGCUUCAUCCUGCUCUUCUUCUUCGUUACGCAGCUCAGCAUUUUAUUCGCAAUGUCUGUCGAAAGGUACCUUGCGAUAAACCACGCGUAUUUCUACAACCAGUGCAUCAAUCAAAAGCUGGCCGCGGUUGCUCUUUUGGCCAUUUACAUCUCCAACAUCGUGUUUUGCGCGCUGCCCGCUGCGGGGAUCGGCAGCGUGACGCUCCAGAACUCCAAGACCUGGUGCUUCAUUGACUGGAAGAACAACGACACGACAGUCAAAACUUUUAAUCUAAUGUAUGCGGGCGUCAAUUCAGUCAUCGUGCUGGCCACUGUGUUCUUCAACGUCAUGGUGUUCGGAGCCCUGAUCCUCAUGCACAGGCGCUUCAUCCGGCGCACGUCUCUGGGCACGGACCAGCGGCGCAUCGCGGAGCUCCGGCGCAGACGCAAUUUUGGACGAUUGGCCGCAGCAGAGAUCCAGAUGGUUAUUCUGCUCGUGGCUACUUCCGUUGUGGUUCUCAUCUGCUCCAUACCUUUGGUUUUGAGGAUAUUUGUGAAUCAGCUGAAUGGAAAUCAUAAAGAAGAGCCUCCACCGCAAAACGAUCUGCUGGCCAUCCGCAUGGCCUCGGUCAAUCCCAUCUUAGACCCUUGGAUCUACAUUCUUCUCAGAAAGACAGUUGUUUUGAAGGUGAUGGAAAAAAUCAAGUGCCUGUUCUGCAAGAUGGGCGGCCGCGGACGAACGGGGAACGGACAUUUUCUCUGUGCUGACGGCUAUCUCUCCUCGUCCAUCAUCUCAAGAGAUUCUCCAUCACUGGUGUCCCGUGACAUGCGUGAGAGGUUGAGCCUCUCACCCAGUAUCCUGUAUCUAUCUGAGGGGAACAUGGGGAGUCUGGGCUCAUUUCAAGCAGGUUCACUGGGGGGCUCCAGCCUGCCGGCUGUGCAGGUGUCACAAAGUUCCCCGGAGGUGUUGCGACCUCAGAGAGGGCUCUCGCAGGAAGAUUUCGAGGACAGAAUGCCUUGUGAGAUGUUGAAUGAACUUCCAAUGUACUCCAAGGACCCGACUCUACAUGUCACUCUAACUGAUGACACGGCAAACAAGCAGGAGAAAUGCAUAUAACGCACAGCACGCUCUCAGCGGGAUCUGUUUCAUAAGACUGCCGUGGGACAGGAGAUAGGCACCAGUUACUUCACUGUAAAAUGACUGAAUUAUCGCCCAUCAGUCUGACAUCUUUUGGAUGGCUAAUAAGAUGACAUUUAACUUAUGUAUAACUGAAAACGAUAUCCAGUAUCAAUGUAUAACUCACCUGUAAUUAUCUACCACAUGUCUAAACACACUUUAGUACAAACCCAAUUGUUAAAACAAUAUAGAGCCAUAGACAUCAUCAUUACAAAGGAAAUCUUCUGUUGCACUUUUUUCAGUUUUAAACCACUUUGAGGUGGCAUUUUUUUGACAUCCAACACAAUGACUGUAAAAAAAAAAAAAAAAUCACUUUUAGAAAUGUGAACAUGAUGUUAAUUUAUUUGAAGUAUUAAAGCAACACUGUGGAAAAAAUGGGUUUUAGCAACCAGGGGCCACCUACAGGUCAGUUGUGGUCAAGUACUGUCGUGAGACAGUUUAAAUAUGGAAACAUGUGGAUAUGUUUACCAGCUUAAGUUCAGUAUAACCCGCAAAGAAAUCGAAGCCUGUGAAACUGACAGAGACUAUUCGAGGAGGUUUUGGUGGUGAAAUGGGUGGUGAAAUCCCAGCUUUAAAUGCAGCGGCACACUUAGAUCCAAGGUAGCCAUACCUCCUGAAAUACAGACACAUCCUCUGAAAUUUGUUUCCAUACCAUGGUCAAAGUACAUAAAGGUCGUUUACACAAGACAUACAUCACCCUAAAACAAUAAAAACCAUACAAAAAACCAGAAAACACCAGGCUAAUAAGUGUAGUAAUCCAGAUGCUUCAUUAGGGCUGUUCGAUUUUGCCCAAAAAUAAAAUCUCGAUUUUUUUCUCUCAAAAUCCGAUUUUCGAUUACGAUUACGAUUAUUUUGUGAAUUGACAAAAGGCAAAGAAAUGAUUUCAAAUAUGCAGUUUUUUUAUUGAACAUUUGCCCCAUUGGGCUUUAAGUGCAAACUUUGCUCUUA